AAUAACAACAUAUAUUAAGAAAAUAUGGAUUACACUUUCCAAAUAGUAGAUUAUGUCAUGUUGUGUUUAACAUUUUUGUUGAGUAUCGGAAUUGGAUUAUAUUAUGCAAUUUUUAAAAAACAAAAUACCCCAGACGAGUACUUACAUGGUGGAAAAACUCUGAACCCGUAUGCUGUGGCUUUUUCAAUCGUAUCGGGUAUUUUAUCUGGAAUUGUUAUGACAUCUUUACCAACAGACAUUUACUAUUUCGGUUCUCAAUAUGGAUUUUUACAAACACCAACAACAUUGAUAAUAUAUUCAAUAAGCUAUUUUUGGGUUAUCCCCGUUUUCCAUAAACUUCAAGUAACCAGUAUCUAUCAUUAUUUUGAGUUAAGAUUUAAUUCUAAAGUUAGAAAAUUAUCAUCUUUUAUGUUUACGUUACAAGUAAUACUUCAAAUGCCACUUGUUCUUUAUGUAACUGUUUUAGUUAUUGCACAAGUUUCUAGAGUAAAUUUAUCCUAUGUGACAUUAAUAAUUUGUUUUAUUUGUACUACUUACACGAUCUUUGGUGGUAUUAAAGCAGUAGUUUGGACUGAUGCCCUUCAAUUUCUCGUUAUGUUGGGAGCGAUGAUUACUGUAUUGAUUAUUGGAACAAUUUCUGUAGGAGGAAUUGAAAAUUUAUUUCGAGUACCAUACGAAAAUGGGCGAAUUAAAUUCGAUUUCGAUUAUGACAUGACUAAAAGAGAUACUGUAUGGGGAGUUAUGUUGGGUUUGACUUUUCAAUCUUUAUCAAUAAGUGGUAUUGCUCAAGGAACGAUACAAAAAAUGUUAUCGCUGAAGAAUUUUAGUGAUAUUAAACGAGCCUAUUUAUUUACAAUAAUUAGUUGGAUUUCGUUAUUAACAAUAGUGACCUUAAAUGGACUAAUGCUUGUAGCUCGAUAUGUAAUGUGUGAUCCUUUAAUCAUUAAACAAAUUACUAAGCCUGAUCAAUUAAUGCCUUAUGCUAUCUUGAAGAUGUCCAGGACGCUUCCAGGUCUACUAGGGGUUUAUGUUGCGGGGAUCUACAUUAUCGGCUAA